AUGAGUUCUGCAACACCCGAAACUGUUUCAGUUCCCCCCAUGUCUUCUUUGAAUGGCUACAAGCCGAACGUAUUUUACAAACCUCAUAGAUCUGGUUUGAAGACCUCGACUACUCAUCCCAUUAAUAUAAGUUGGAUUCUACCUGAAGAACUGAUAAGAGGAAUUUCUAGUGGGCCGUUGCCGGCUUCUAUUGAUUUAUUCGACAUAUAUACUAGUACUUCUCUCUACAAACGUUACCUUAAGGCAACGCGGUCAGAGGGAAGUGAAUGUGACUCUAAUGAGCUGAGUAUCUCUGGGAACCUUGCACUCAGCUCAUGUCCGGGGAAGAAAGUGCGAUUGAAUGGGCCCGUGCGUGGUCGUUCGGCUAUUGACAGGGAUCUUGAUUUGGAUUUUCAACGUUUACGUUCAUGUGGAAUAUCUUUGGUUGUGUGUUGUCUGAACAAUGACGAAUUGGAGUUUCUAGGGGCACCAUGGUCAAUAUAUGCGGACGCAGCCAGGAAAUAUAAUUUGGAUAUAGUAAGAAUACCGAUGAUCGAGGGCGGAUGUCCAGAUACAGUGGAACAGAUAGAUGAGGUGAUUCAGAAGAUUGACACCCAUAUACAGCAGAACGAACGAGUUUUGGCACAUUGUCGAGGUGGCGUUGGUAGAGCUGGUCUUGUUGCCUGUUGUUGGCUGUUGAAGCGAGGUUAUUGCUGUGAUGCUAACAAAGCAAUACGAUUGGUAAGAAUGAGGAGAUCUCCGAAAGCAAUCGAAACGCAAAUACAAGUGGAAUUCAUUAGAAAGUACGCUGACUAUGUACAACAGAAACUCAAACCGAAAGAUGGCAAUGCAAUAAAGAGUCAGUAA